AUGAUCAAUUAUUUUUUAAAAAAAUAUGUUAUAAUAAUUAUUAUUUUCCAACUUUUUCUAAAAAAUAAAGAAGCCAUAAAGAUAAAAAGAUUUCAUGAUUAUUUGAAUUUUAUUAAACCUACUUUUUUCACGAAUAUUUCAAAAUAUAAAAUUAAAACAAACUUUAAUGUUUUAAGGAAAAAAGAUAAAUAUAAUUCUUUAAAGGUAAAUGGUUUAGUAGAAAGUGAACGGGAGUCAAAUGGAGAAGGUAAAGAAGAUACAUACGGAAAUGAAUCAUUAGAGGAAAAAAAUAUUAACAAAAUUAAUAGCAUCAAUGAAAUAAUAAAUAAUAAAGAUGAUAAUUUGAAGAAUGUAAGAAAUAACGAUGAAAAAAAGGAAUUUUUAGAUAAUAGAAUCAAUAACAAUAAUGAAUCUAUAGAUAAUAAACACAAUGUGUAUCUAAAUGGAGAAAUAUUAAAAGAAGAAGAAAUAAAUGAACAUAUGAGGUUUCAACAAUGGAGUGAUAGAUUCCUCUUAUCAAAUGAGGAAAAUUUCUUUUAUGAUAUUGAAAAUAAGUGUAUAAAUACUAAGUAUUAUGAUAAAAUAAAUCAAAUAAAUGAUAAAUUUUAUAAAAAAAAAUGCGUUUUAAAAGAUAGUUCAAUAAGCUUAAUACCUUUCCACAAUAAAGGAGAAAAUAAGAAUGUAUGUCGAUCUAUGACAAAGAAUAUAAAGGAGAAAUUGAGUUAUGAUCUAUUUGAAAAAAAAAAUAGUAAUAAUGAUAAUAUUAAUAAGGUAAAUAAUAAUUCUCAUAAUGACUCAACUAGUACACAAAAUUAUGUAGAUCAUAAAAGUAUUUCUGAUCAGAGUGAAGUAAUUUUAAAUGAAGAGGAGAUACGAAAAUUAUCACAUUUAGAUUUUACGAAAAGAACGAACAUAAUAAUUCCUUCCAGAUCUUUAUAUAAUUCAGUUUAUAUCGGUAAGGAAGCCUUUAGUGAUUUUAUAGAGAAAGGAUUAAAUUCUAUUAAAUUAAGUUUAAAUAAAUAUUUAAAUAACUAUUAUGAAUGUAACUUAAAAUAUAAUUUAGAUGAUAAAAUUUUUUUAAUGUAUAUAUUAAGAUACGCAAAAAAUUAUAUAUUAAAUAUAAUUUAUAAAACAUUUCAAGUAAAGCUGUUAAAUGAAGUAGAAAUUGAAAAUGAUUCAAAUAUUCUUCCAGAUAAAAAUAAACUAAUAAAUAAUGAAACGUAUUUAGAUUUAUCUUCAGAAUAUGAAGAAAUUAUAAAUAUUUUAAUUCAUUUUUUUGAAAAAAUAAAUGACUUGUUUAAAAUAAAUGAAAAAGAACUAAUCGAUUAUUUAGCAAAAAAAAGAGAAACAAUAAAUUAUUCUACUCCAUAUCAAUUUAAAAACAAUAAAGAAGCUGAGAGACACAUUAAUAAUAUGUGGAAUUUUUUUAAUUUUAAAAUAUUUAAUAACGAAUUACCAAAUUUUGAUUUUGUUGAUUUUUAUUGGAUAAAUAGUGAUGUAGAAAACUUAUUAAAAAUAAAAAAUAUGAAAACAUAUAAAAUUGUUAAUAAGGAAUUUAUUAAUUUACCUAGUAUUCUGAUUUUAUCAAAUUUGAAAGAUUCUCCAUUAUUAUUAAAUUACACCAUUUUAAAAAUGAUGUAUGAAUACAAAAAUUUAUUAAAGAAUGAUAUAUUACAAUUUAAAGAAGUAAAAAAUUACGGAAAAUUUAAAAAAUUUGAUGAGAUGAAACAAAAAAUUAUAAAAUUUGUUCAUGGGGUAUCAGGUUUAUUAGAGAAUAUUGAUUUUUACUUUUACACACCAUAUUUAGGAGAUCUAAAUUUAUCUAGUAAAGAAUCAUUAAUUUUUUUUUCCUAUUUAAAAAAUAUAAAUGGUGAUAACAACAGAUUAUUUUAUAAUUUGGAAUAUAAUAAUGAACUUUCUUUUAACAAUAGAAAUGAAAGAGAAAGUAGUAAUAAGACAAAUUAUUUUGGUAAAGAUGAAAAUGAUUCAAACAUAUUUAAGAAAGAAGAAUUAGAACAAGAGGAAAUAACAGAUGAAAAGAAUAAAAUAGAUACUACUAAAUUAGAAGAAUUAGAAGAAGAAGUGGAAGAAGAAGAUGAUUUAGUAUUUCUUCUUUUAAAAUCUAAGACUACUAAUGAUAUUAAUAAAGCUAUUCAUAUGGCCACUAAUGUUUAUAAAAAAAAAAAUAUAAAUAAUAUUUGGGGAAACUCAUAUAUAAAUUAUAAUAUGAAUGAAUCAAUUGAUAAUGAAAACGUAAAAGAAGGAAAAAAAAAAAUAUAUGAUUCAUCAAAAAAAGAAAACAAUUUUCAAUUACAGCGUUUUAGAAUACCUUUAAAUGAGUUUUCUUCUUCUCUUUUUUUAUGUGAUGUGAAUAAUUCAAUGAAAUAUUUAACACAAGGAAUAGAAAAAUUAAAAGAAUUGAAUGAAUUUGAUUUGACAUAUGUGCACAACGCUUUAACAUAUUCUUGCUUGAGAUUUCUUCAUGAUAGCGGGAAUGAAAAUGAAGAUGUGGAUAGUAUGUUGAAAAAAUUUCAAAAAAAUGAAAAAGUAGAAACAACUAAUAACAUAAUGACUUUACAGAUGAUGGUUGUUAUAGGAGAAUUAUUUAGAAACAUAAGAAAAAUGAGAAAUAAGGAAAAAUUUUUUUUUAAGAGAAUUUUGCAAACAGAUGUUAUAACUGACCUUUAUAAUAAUCAUAGUAUUUAUGAUGAGAAUAUGGAUAUUAAUAAUAUGGAUUAUGUUGUGAAAAAUUUGAAAAUUGAUUAUCCAUUAAAAAGUAAUAUAUUAUUGAAUGAAAAAAACAAGGAAGAAAUUGCAUAUUAUUUUUUAAAUUAUUAUACAAAAUAUUUAUUUCGAUUUGAUCUACCAAAUAACAUUGUCAUUAAAUUCACAAAUGAUAUAUCUGGAUUAAGUUUUUACGAUUAUAAUUAUGAUUAUAUAUCUAAUGAUUCUGUCAUAUAUAUAAAUAAUGAUAUAAGUAAUUCGUUGAUAUUAUCUCGAGUUUUGUUAGAUGAAUGUUUGAAUAUUUAUGAAAAAUAUACUACAUACAUUCAUAAGUAUGGUGGGAAUACUGAUAAUUCAACUAUUAAAGAAGCUAAAAGUAAAUUAAAAAAAGAGGGUGAAGAAGAAAAUAUUGGAAAAGAUAUGAUAAAAAAUGACACACUUAAUAAUAAUAAAUUAAAUAAUGAGAAAUAUGAAACUGAAGAGGAAAUUAGUGAAGAUUAUGAUGGCACAGAUGAUGAUUCUGUUAAUGCAGAAGAUUAUGAAGAAGAAAAUAUAAAUGAGGAAAAUGUUAGCUUAAAUAAUAUAAAAGAAAUAAAAAGUGAAAAAAGUGAUAAUUAUGAAAAAUGUGAAGAAAAAAUAGAGGAAAAGAAAAGUGAAGAAGUAAUAGAUGAUGAAAAUGUAGAUAUAUUUAAUUAUUUAAAAAUUAACCGAAUUAUGCAAUUUAUUAGGUUUAUAAUUGAGUAUAAUAAUUGGCCUAUUUUUUUGGAUGAUAUUAUAAAUUUAGAAAAUUAUUUAAAUUCUACAGAAAUUAAUCUCUUAAAAAAUCUUAAACAUUAUAAUAAUCUAAAUAAUUUUUAUCUAAAUUUAAAAAGUGUAAAUAUAAGUAAAAAUAGAAUUAUGCAAAUAAUUGAAAAUUCUAUAAAAAGAGAAAACUGUGAAAAUAUAUGGUUAGAAAAAAAAAUUCCUAUUAAGCAUAUUGCAUCAGCUUUAUUCACAAAUAAUUAUGUAAAUUUAUACAAAGUAUUUCAAAAAGGUAUAAAGGUUUUAAUUAAUCUAAAUAUGAAUGAAGUAAAUUUUAUUAUGAAUAAAUGCAAAUAUGCAGCUGAAAUCGUAUAUUAUAAGAGAUUAGAAGAAAUAAAGUCAUCAACUAACAAUUUAAUUUUUACCAUGUAUAAUGAAAAUUUAAGUUCAAUAGAAUAUUAUUUCGAUAAAUUAAAAGAGAAAAUUAUUUUAAUUAAACUAGUUAAAAAUCAAGAUGUUUUCCAAAUUCUUGCAAAUUUAAUAUCUGGUUUUCUGCCAAAUUCUACUAAAAAUCCAAAGGAAAUUGAUGUAAAAGAAGGUUUAAAAAAAGAAAAUAUCAAUAAACUUAUAUUUUUGUACGAUGAAGAAAAAAAAAGAUGUGGAACAGCAAAUGUAUUAAAUAGAAAAAAUGUUACAUAUAAUUUAUUUCACUUUUUUAAUAAAGAAAUAUUUGAUAAUAAAAUAAAUAAUAUAGAAAUAGAAUUUGUAAAAGAUGAUAAACUUUUAUCAAGUCAUAAAAAUUUCAUUAAUACCUUUGAAAAUUCAAAGAUAUUAAUAAAUGAUAAUGUUUUUUCAAUUAAUAUUUUGUCUAACGUAUUAUUAAAAGAAAUGGCAGAAAUUUUUUAUUUUUAUAAUGAAAAUGAAAUAGAAAAAGAAAACAAACUAUAUCUUAAUAACACUUUCAAGAGUUUAUAUUUGCCUUCUAUAUUUAAAUAUUCUAAGAGUUUUCAGAAUAUUGAAAACAAAGAAUUUUUUGAUUUUAAAGAAAAAAAUAUACAGAGUAACUCACAAAAAUAUAAAAAUAAUGAAAAUAUAGAUGAAGUUGAAUUAAAAGAAAAUGAAAUUAAUGAAGGUAAAAAUAAAAAGGAAGAGAAUAAAAAUUCUGCUUAUAUUAAUAAAAAUUUUCAGAAAGAACAUUUUGCUGCUGAAAAGGAUAAAUACGAUAUUGAAAAAUUAAUAGACAGAAUUGCGUAUUAUGAUCAUGAUGAAAUGUUUAAAGAAAUACUGGAAUUUAGAAAAUUUAAAUAUAAUGAUAAUAUUGAAAUUCAAAAAUGUCUUGAAGAAUAUUUAUUUACAUAUGAUAAAAUAAGUAUGAUAAAAUAUUGUUCUCCAGAUGCAAAUAAAGAUAAAAUUAAUAAAGAAAAUGAGAUUGAAAACAAAAGUUCAGAAAAAGAAUUAUGUUUUGAACCAAGUGAUAUUAAAAUGAUUUAUUUAAAUUAUAUGUAUAAAUAUAUUGAAUAUAUUAUAAAUAAAAAAGAAUUACCAAUUAAUUUUAAUUACAUAAAUGAUGAAUGGAUAAAUUGUUUAACAGAUUUAGAAAAUCAAAAAAUUUUAGAUUAUUCUACAAAAAAAUAUACAGGACAUUUAUAUGAUUUAUUAAUUAAUAGUAAUGCAUGUUCAUCUAAAAGAGCACUGGAUAUUUUAGAAGUGAGUUUACGUAAAAAUGAAAAUGAAGAUAUAAGAGAAACUACUGUUUCUAGUAGUGAUAUAAAUAAUUCUAUUAAAAACUUUAAUGAAUUUAUUUUAUGGAUUUCAAACAAUAAAAAAAAAACUUUUGAAAAAUUAAAUGAAGAAGAUGUAUUAAAUACUGAUACACCUGAUAAUAUAAAAAAAGAAAUAAAAGAUAUAGUUCAAGGAUAUAAUGCUAUAAAUGAAACAAAUACACUUAAAGAUAUAGAUCCCAAUAAUGUAACUAUUAGCGACUUAAAAGAUUUGGUUAAAAAACAUAACAUUUCGAAAGAUGAAGUACAGGCAGCUUUAAGUCAGUUAGAUAUUCCCAAUGAUUUUGAUAUUAAUUCAUUAUUUUAA